ACUAUUUUGCUGUUGGUACGCGGAGAGCAAAGUUUUUCUUUAUUUUGGGGCGGGUACCUGGUGUAAAAGGUUUCGCGAACGAACCACUGAUUUCUAGUCUUCAAUGAAGGCAACAAGCUAACAUGUUUUUGGAAAGUAACCCACACAGAAUGGUCUGGCCCGGGAUUCGAACGAUCACAAACCAUGAUGGGUCGCUUCAGUUUGUCGGUAAAAGAGUGCGACAUCUCGCCGGCACGCGAAGAUCUUUGGCAGCAGACCGGAAGCGGAACCCGGUCGGCGGAAGGAACUUCCGCUUGCCAUAAGUGGGUGAAAGGUGGACGAAAGGGAAACUUGAUCGCUUCUCCUCCUACGUUUUCUUUUUCUCACUUAUUUUUUUGAUCCACCGGAGGGGUCGUCAUGCUUCCAAACAGCGGGAAAUUAGCGGGCUGCACGCUGUUCAUCACGGGCGCCAGCCGCGGCAUCGGCAAGGCCAUCGCCCUGAAAGCGGCCCGAGAUGGCGCCAACGUGGUCAUCGCCGCCAAGACGGCGCAACCUCACCCCAAACUCCCCGGCACCAUCUACAGCGCCGCGCGGGAGGUGGAGAAUCUCGGCGGGAAAGCGCUGCCGUGCGUCGUCGACAUCCGAGACGACAAACAAGUCGAAGACGCCGUCCAGAAAGCCGUCGACAAGUUUGGAGGCAUCGACAUCUUGGUGAACAAUGCCAGCGCCAUCAACCUGACGGGAACCUUGGAAACGUCCAUGAAGAAGGUGGACCUCAUGCUGGGAAUCAACCUGAGAGGAACAUACGUGACGUCCAAGUUGGUGAUCCCACACCUCCUUAAGAGUUCCUCCCCCCAUAUCCUCAAUUUGGCUCCACCCCUCAACCUCAAUCCCAUCUGGUUCAAGAACCACACAGCGUACACCGUGGCCAAAUACGGCAUGUCCAUGUGCGUCCUGGGUAUGGCGGAAGAGUUCAGAGGUCAAAUCGCCGUCAACGCCCUCUGGCCGAGAACCGCCAUCCAGACGGCGGCCAUGGACAUGCUGGGCGGCGAGGGCGUGGCCAAGCAGUGUCGUACGGCGGACAUCAUGGCAGACGCCGCCUACGUCGUCCUGUCGCGGCCCAAAACCUUCACGGGUCACUUCCUGGUGGAUGAGGACGUCCUGAGGGAGCACGGGGUGCGAGACAUGGAUCGCUACGCCGUCCAGCCAGGUCACCCGCUUCUGCCCGACUUCUUCCUGGACGAAGCCCCCGAGGCGCUGGCCCAGCAGAUGGAGAAACACGGGGCGACGCCCGCCUUCCAGCCGCCGGCCUCGGCGGCCGCGCCCUCCCCCGGCGGCCCGAUAGAAAGCACCUUCGAGGUGAUCCGAGGCGUCCUCAACGAGGACCUGGUCAAGUCCACGAAGGCUCUCUACCAGUUUGACCUCUCGGGAGAACAUGGCGGCGUUUGGUUCCUGGACUUGAAAAGCGGCUCGGGCAGCGCGGGGAGGGGCCGACCGAACGGCGAGCCCGACGUGGUCAUGACCAUGGACUCGGCGGACUUCGGCAAAAUGUUCGCGGGCAAGCUGAAGCCGACGACUGCGUUCAUGUCGGGGAAACUUCGCAUCAAGGGGGACAUGACGCUCGCCAUCAAGCUGGAGAUGAUGAUGGGUCGCAUGUCCAAGCUGUGAUGUCAUCAGGCGAAGACAAUGUCAUCAUGUCAAUAAACUGUCAACACUGAAGUAUUUUUGCCUUGUUUA